CCAUGUUUUUUCGUCCGGUAAUAUAAACGAUGUUUGUUUUCUUUAUGAUCGUAUUAUAUGUUCCUUAUGUAGGACUCUUUCGUCACAAUACUUUCUCUACCACUACCACCAGUGCCCGCCGAAACAAGACGGGGGUCAUUAAAUGAGAAAAACAACCAAAAAGAUUCCGAAAUGUCAUUAUUCACUCACUCACUCUCACUCAAACAACAACACUGAUCACGGAAGCGGGUAACAACAUCUCGGCUAUCGAUCGAAUACCGUGUAUCUAUAUAUAGAUCUUCGUCGCUCAAGCAUGUUUCGUGCUGUGGCGCAAUAACCACAAUUCACAAUACGAUCAUAUAUCAUGGGGUCUGUUACAUAUACUUGUUCAGGCGGCGUCACACUGUCUAGCUGGCCCUAAACAUGUACAUAUGGAUAGGACUGACAAUCUUAAGCGUUUGUGCAAUCGGAAUCAGUUUUGAGGUAUAAAAGACCCAUCGGACGAAGAGAUAUUCAUUGACGGCGAACAGCAGUUAUACCACCCUCAGAGGUUAUUUGAACCAAGCCAUGGCUAUGUCAGCUGCCCCUUCGGGGGCUACCAUAAGCCAAUUAUCCAGAAAUGAACUUGAAAGCAAUGGCUAUUGCGUCAUAAAUGACGUCAUCGAUCAAGCAGAAUGUGAUCAACUAAUUAGCCAAUACAAAAGUUGGUUGGAAAAAUUUGAAGCCCCCGAUUGGCCAAAUCACCGACGCUCUAUUAUAUAUCAAUAUCGGAUUGGUCACUUUGAAGCCACGUGGUCUGCCAGGUUAAAGGUGAAACCAGUGUUUUCUUCGUUGUGGAAGACCGACAAGUUGCUGACCAGUUUUGAUGGCGUGGCCGUCUCACGUCCCCCAGAAGAAACUGACAAGGUGUACGAUUCUGGUCAGAACUGGUUCCACGUAGACCAGAAGGUGUCACGUGAGGGCCUCCACUGUUACCAGGGGGCGCUAUACUUAGAAGAAUCUACCGAAAAUGACUUCUGUUUCCGGGUACUGAAAGAUUCGCACAAGUACCACAGUGCUUUUUUCGAUCAUUACAAACCAGCCCGAGCAAAGAGCCUCAGGAGCGAAUUCUACAAACUGACAACGAAUCAAGUCAGUUGGUACAGAAAAAAGAAAUGCAAAGAAGUGAAAGUAGCAGUACCAAAGGGAGGCAUGGUGUUGUGGGACUCUAGGCUUAUUCAUGACAACGUCCCGCCAGUGGUCAACAGGCCAAAUGCAGAUAGAUGGCGCUUCGUGGUCUUCGUUUCCAUGACACCUGCUAUCUGGGCAGCCCCAGGGGACAUUGCGCUGAAGCAGAAGGCAUACAAGGAACUGUCGAUGACCAAUCACUGGCCAUCACAAUCUCUCGAAAUUGUUGAAAGCGUAAAGGCGCCGUCCCACAGUGGCCAACAUAUGUACUGUGUCAAUUAUAUGCCGGAAGUGGCCAAAUCAGAGGAAGCGAUGCGAUUGGCUGGAGUUUUGGACUACGAUUUUGAAAAUGGCCAAUCAAAUGGUCCCAAAUUGAAACCUGUAUGGAACCCGCCUCGUGAUUAAAGAGUGGUUAUAGUGUUCGCUCGUUGAUGGCGGGGUUCGAUUCUCCACAUGGGUACAAUGUGUGAAGCUCUUUACUGAUGUCCCCCGCCGUGAUAUUGUUGAAAUAUUGCCAAAAGCUGCGUAAAACCAAACUCACUAUAUUACAGAAUAAUAUGUUAGGACCGACCUGACUGGGCAAUAGUUACGCUGCACUGCCACCAUGCAGAAUGUUGCACAUAUUAUAACGACAUCGUUUACAACGGACGCCCACUCUACACAAAAUUCGAGAUGUCGUUGUUGCCACAAUUACUACAGAGUUACUAAAUAUGACCCUAUUUUGCCAUUUAUUUGUCUCCGCCAUGAGGUAUGAAUCGUCGAAUGUUCUAAAAUAAAUAGUUUGUGUGAAUGUUUAUGUAAUUAUUUUUUUAAUAACUGCAUUUUCGUGAAAUAGAAUUAUUAUUCGAUUCCAACAAAUCAAAUGGAUGCUCCCUAAGCAAUAUUUGAAACCCAGAUAAGAACAUGUUUUGUCGUUACCAUUCUCAAUCAUGUAAUAUUCCCAAUAAAAUGUCCACAUACAUUA